AUGGUGCCCGCCCCUACCAAGCUCAGCACGGGCACGAGCAAAUCCUCUACAAAGCGCUCGACAGCCGCCUCCGCCGCCAAGCGCAUUGGGUCCUCCUCUAGUCCAGUGGUCGAUGAAGCUGCUUUGCGACUUGGUCGACUCGCUUCUUCGCUGCCACGCGAGCUCAUCACAUACAUCCUCGAAUUCGCUGCAGCCACAGCCACUGACAAUGGCGUUAAGUUGCGCCUGCUGUGCUUGUCCAAGUACCACCAUGAGCGGCUCUCACCUCUGCUGUACAACACAGUAGCGCUCUGCUCUUCUGCAAGCAUUCACUCCUUUGCAACGCUCGUGAAAACGUAUCCGAAACUAGCACGUUACGUACACCGGGUGUGGAUUGGACCCGACCACUCUUCGUCGGACCUCAUCACGGCACUGUCACCGCCGUCGUACAAUGAAGCCGCCUACAUCACGGAUAUGCGCGAACGCGUCCACGCUUCUGUGCGCACCGUCCUGCGUCUAUGCCGAAAGCUGCAAGAUGUGGCACUUGCGGGAGAGCUGCUCAGCUUACAUGCAGCGCAUACGUACGGCUCGGCGUGUCAGCCGGUGCGCUUGACCAGCGUCAAUCCGCACAGCUUUGUCGGAGGGUUUUCGGCGCCCAUUUUCAGAAAGGUGAGGGUACUGAGGAUUGUGGAUACGAAUCUGGCGUUCGAGGAGGCGGACGAGAUCAGGACACUGGCCGAGCUCGAGUGGUUGAUUUGGUCAGCUCCCAAAGACUAUGGGGAUAUCACUCGAGAUAGCAAUGUGCUACGGAGGCUGCUGCAACGUCCCAGGAAGCAUUUCAGUGAUCCGGUAACGCCGAUGACAGAGGAAGACGAAACGCACGACGAUUCGGCGCCAUACACGUCACAAGCACCAACACCAGCAACAGCAUCGGCACCGGGUGUCCCAUCGCUACAACCACCUCCCCUGGUCGACCAGCUCGACGAACUCUGGACCGACCUCUCAGCCCUCGAACUGUCUGAAGGCCUCGCCCCCGCGCGUCCGAGCAGAAAUGACAAGUUCCGAAGGCUCACUAUCCAAACCGCUCAAACACGCUGCGUCGAGUUUCGACGCUUGCUCGCCGAUUCCUACCCGCUCUACCCCACCGCACCCUCCCACUCCUCCUGCUUGAACGACGCAACGGGCGGGCUAGCAGAAGGACUCAACGCCACUUUUCAAGAUCUUGAACGCGAAUGGGACCCGUCGCUCAACGUGCCCACCAUCCACCCGACCGUGUUGGCCGCGCCCGUGUUGGAUGAGUGGGACGCCUUGCGCGAUUUGAUCAACAACGCUGCGGGUCAGUAUAGCAACUUGAGCAUAUGGGAUGACGGCGAGGAUGCGACGGCAGUGGACGCAGGCAAUGCGUUAAGGAGGCAGAGGAUGGUCUGGGAAGGCAUCGAGGACGUUGGACUGCCCACGGCUACUUUACAUUCUGUUGGACGGAAGUCACCUUGA